CGAUAAUCCGAUAUCUUCCAGACCCCCAACUUACGAAUCUCUAGUUCUCAACACACCGUGCCACAAUUGAGUCCACGAGCAUGAUCCAUUUCAGCCAUCGUUGAUUUCCACAUCCUGCAUCAUGAUAAAGCACUGAAACCGCCCUUCUCUGAAUCCAGUCCGGCACCAACCAUGUCGGAGAAAUCCCUACAAACGGCGCGGGUGGUGUCGAGCGUGGCGGCGACAUUGAUAUCAUUGGCAUGCGGAACCAACUAUGUCUAUUCGGCAUGGGGUCCCCAAUUUGCAGACAAGCUACGCCUAUCAUCAACGCAGCAGAACCUGAUAGGCGCGGCUGGAAAUCUGGGGAUGUACUCGAUGGGGAUACCUAUUGGAAUGCUGGUGGAUACAAAGGGACCACGGAGCGCUGUCCUAAUGGGCGCAAUACUUCUGGGCGCGGGCUACUUCCCUCUACACCAAGCAUAUGAUAGGGGGUCAGGGUCAAUGCCGUUACUCUGCAUGUUCUCCUUCUUCACUGGCCUUGGUGGCUGCGCUGCCUUCGCCGCUGCUGUGAAGACGUCCGCCCUUAACUGGCCUCACCAUCGAGGGACUGCCACCGGGAUUCCCGUAGCCGCCUUUGGAUUGAGCGCCUUCUUCUUCUCCAUGUUUGCACAAUUUGUGCUCCCAGGAUCGACAGGACACUUUUUAAUGCUGCUUGCCUAUGGGACCUUUGGACUGGUGUUUGUCCCUUUCUUCUUCCUACGGGUCCUGCCACAUCCACAUUACGCCGCCGUGCCGACAACCGAAGCUGGAAUGACCGACUCGCAACAGCUUUAUAGGACAAGAUCAGAGGAGAGCAAGUAUCGUGCCGCGCGGGUCCUCGUGGAAGAGCCAGGUAGGUCUACUUUUGUAGUUCCGUAUUCCGGCCAAGAAGACAACCUAAGUCAAGAUACAGCGGCCGAGGCACCUGGCGGCGUGAUGUCCGAGACUUCUUCCUUGUUGUCUAGAUCCACAAGCUCGUCUCCGGGCGAUAUUCCUGAAGAGAACCAUGUUAAGGAUCAUGCCCACCGUGUAGAUAUCCGAGGUCUAAAGAUGUUACCCAUGGUUGAGUUCUGGUUGCUCUUCGUCCUCAUGGGGAUCUUGACGGGUAUAGGAUUGAUGACGAUCAACAAUAUUGGCAACGAUGCAACUGCCUUAUGGAGACACUACGACGAUUCCGCUACAGACGACUUCAUCAUGAAGCGCCAAGCCAUGCACGUGUCCAUUCUCUCCAUCUGUAGUUGCAUAGGCCGACUCACAAGUGGCGUAGGAUCCGACUUCCUCGUCAAAGUCCUCAAAGCGUCGCGGCUCUGGUGCCUCACGCUCGCCUCCCUCGUCUUCCUCAUCGCGCAACUCUCCGCGCUCUCGAUCCAAAACCCGCACUUCCUCACCCUCGUAUCCAGCCUCACGGGUCUCGGCUACGGCUUCCUCUUCGGCUGCUUCCCAUCCCUCGUCGCCGAAGCUUUCGGCGUGCACGGUCUGAGCACCAACUGGGGCUGCAUGACCCUGUCCCCGGUCCUCAGCGGCAACAUCUUCAAUCUGUUCUACGGCGCCGUCUACGAUCGCCACUCCAUCGUCAAGGGGAAUGGCGAGCGCGAGUGCACUGAGGGCUUGGCUUGCUAUCGUAGCGCUUACCUAGUCACCGUCGUCGCCUGCUUGCUGGGCUUGCUGGUCAGCCUGUUCAGUAUUCAGUAUACGCAGCGCGCGCGCCGCGAGGAGGAGGCCCGCAUUAAGGAUUUGGAGGGCAGGGAGGCCUAGAUAGCCCCGGGGGGCGCUUUUGUUGUUAUGAAAUCUUAUCUCAUCAUGACUUGCCUGCUUGCUUGCCUGCUUGCUUGCUAGCUAGCUUCCGUCUUUUACAUAUUUGUUUCCUUGAUUUUCUGUUUCCGUGUCAUGCCUUCGUUCCUUUUCUUUUUUUUUCUUGUUCUCGAGUCACGAUCGAUCGAAUUAUGUGUAACCUGGUAGGCGUUGGAUAAAUAAAUAGAUAGGU